UUUCGCCCUCAAAAAUACGCAAAAACUAGUUUUUACGUUCUGCUGAAUUUUGUCAUUAACAGGAAUCCAGGGCAGAAUUUCAUUAGUCAACCCUGCUUCUGCUGCAUCUUAUAAUCGUGAAAUUGCACAGGUUAUUGUCUUCUGUACUUAUUUUAGGAUAUUCGAUGACGAAAACUUAGAUAUAUCUGCAGAAAGUCUGCAAUCUUUAAAUUACAAAUCUCAAGGUGAAUUUGUUGUUUGACGCAGUGAAUAUCACUGCGCUCUAAACUAGUCUGCUGGAAUCAAAAUUGUAUUUUACUGAUGGGGUCAAGUGGUUUGAAUUGUAAUGUGUCCUUUGAAAUACCGAUACGAGAUGAGGUUCAGUCUCCUAGAGCUUUACGCCUGCUUUCUUCUCCGAAUUAUAUCCUUCGGAAUGAGUCUGACUUGAAUGAAAGGCUAGAGAAAGCUCGGGAAAGACGAUCUAAUGUUCUGGCUGAAACUAUAAAUCGGAAUGAGCAACAUGUUCAUUUGGUCAAAUCUAAAUGUGAACAAGAAAAAGAGAAGCUCGUAAAUAGAUCAAAUGAAUUAAUGGAGAAUCUCGCGGAGGAUUUGGCACAGAAGUCGUCUAGGCGGCAACAAAUUAUCGACAAGAUAAUUAAUAGCAACAAGAAAGAAGUUGAGAAAGCAAAACUGCUUGCUGAUGCCCGUGCUUCCCCACAAAGUACUUUGCUUCGCCAGAUCAACGACGAUCUGUCCAAUAAGGAAAACAACAGACGCUCUCACCUACAAAAUAUCGUUCAUCAAUGCCAGCUGGAGGUAGAUCCAUGGUGAUGUAUUUAUAUAUUUUCCAUAGCCUUGUCAUCUUUUCUGGAUUUAAACCCUGGAAUUCUAGGGAUGUUAAGAUGACACGCCUCAAUAAUUAUUUUCACCACACUGAAUGUUACUAGAAUACAAACGCAUAUAAAACGGUAUGGUCAAGCCCAAUGAUAGCGUCUUAGUCAGCUACAACGUUUCCCAAUAAGUUUUAUUACUGGUGCCACAGCGAACCCGGUUGACUAAAAUCAAGCCUUGUAUAUACAUGUCCCUCCACCACGCCGUCAAUUCUCACACGUGGUUUCUGGCGACAUAGAAGUAAUAUAUUUGUAAAAGUUGAUUCGCAUCCCAUCAUGAAUGUUGCUUUUACUGACUGGCCUUCAACCUUGUUAAUUUUCACAUUCAAAAGAGACUUUCGAAGUGAGAAAAUUCACGCUAUUUACGGCAUAGUACUUAGUUGUCAGUUCAUAGGGUAAGUGUUGCCAUUAACGUCGAUCUUAUAAUGCUUCUCAAAAUAAACCAUCACAGACAUGUGACGACGGAGUCCUGGGUAAAUUCGUAGCCCCUUCAGAAGAUAACAAUACAAAGAGCUACAGUGUGUAGUUUAUAAUAGUUUUAUUUUAUUGUUCUCUACACUUAACAUUCAACGUAUUCUAUUUCCAAGAAUAGUGCUUAUUAAUCAGUUCAAAUUAAAUUUUUGCUUGUGAAGAUUGUGCCAUAUCCAAAGCGGCUAAAAUGAACCUAACCGUUCACUUCACUUAAAUUUGUUGUAUACUGACUGAAUACAAAUCGCGGUUGUUUGUUUUUGCUGCUUAAAGCAUUCAAAAUGCAUUUAAUAACUGUCUCAUGUGAAGUACAAACUCUUAUUUACAUAUUCUGUGUAUAAACUUGUCAGUCAUAAAUUAUUCUUGUUCCUGCCCCCAAAUGCCCUGGUACAGCCGAGAGAGUGGAGAGUCUGCCCUCCCUUUCGAAAUGCUCUCAUAUGUAGCCUCUGCCAGGGAACUUCUACUCACUGCCUUCUCGUGGC